ACACGAUGCACACGUACAGCGGCGGCAUCAAAUCAUUUUCAGAGUUUCUCUUUUGACAUCAUCAGUUUUAUGGGCACAGUGUGUGAUGUUGUGAUAUGACGCCUGAGCGUAGUGGGCAUACGAUUGGCUCACUUUCCUCACAUCUCACCUUCCGCUGCCUUCGUUCCAAGAAGAUCCAUGAGUACAAGCAAGGCCGCCUCGACAAGUUUGCCACCACGCUCGCUUCCCAGCUGUCAUCCACAUGCGGCCUUGCCCAAUGUGACCUGAAGUCUGCUGUUGGCUCUGACAUCACCCCCGUAUCUGGCCUGGACAAUGCCCUUCACAUCCCUGUCAAGAAUGCUUCCGUUGUUCAAACCAUUGAGACCUGCCUGGACGCCAACAAGAUCGAGGUCAUGCAGUGCAAGCUGAAGCAGGUUGCAUAUGUUGCUGCUGGAGAUGCCGGCGUGUGCGACGGUACGACUUUCACAGCAGCUGCCGUGAUGACAACCAAGUGUCUUCGUGGGCAGCAGCUGGAUCAGUUCACAGACGCUCAGCUCGACAAGUUCUCGCAGCAGCUGCGCGACGCCAUCCAGGACGACUGCGGCCUUGACGAAUGCGCACUGUCGCUCAAGGACGGCUCCGCGGUGACGCCGCUCUCAAGCAACGAGUUUUCCGUUGCCGCCAGAGAUGAAGGGGUUGUGACGGCUCUGCAGUCGUGCAAGCUUCGCUUUCAUCGGUGCAAAGUCACAAACGUGGAGGAAGCCAUGACGACCACAACGACGACGACAACAACAACAACAACAACAACAACAACAACAACAACAACAACAACAACAACCACCACCACAACAACAACAACAACGACAACGACAACGACGACUUGUACAACCACUGUCACCACAGCCGGCACAGCAACAGUUGGUCAGUCAAAAUGGACAGACGUCAUGUUCGCUUCCAACGGCAUUGGGUACGCGUGCCCUGGUUCAUCGACAUAUGUGAUGACCAUUGACCCCAGCGACGACAGCGUCAACGCAACAGCCAUUGAUGUGUCUGCAUACGGCACGAACCUGAACUGGUACGGCGGCGCAUUCUCUGACGGAUACGCCAUCUGCGUCCCAUAUCAUUUGAAAAACAUCGCGCUUAUCAUUGACACCAGCGACAACAGCUUCAGCACCACUACCUUUUCAACGUCUUGCUCCAGCGCUUGCUACCGCGGGGCCGCUGCUGCCAACGGCAAGGUCUACGGCACGCCUUAUCGCGCAUCCGAGCUCCUCAUCAUCGACGCCGCGACCGGCACCGCAGACACCAGCAUCGACGUGUCUGCUUACGCACCAGGCGUCACCUACAAGUGGAUUGGUGCCGAGGUAGCUGCUGACGGCCGCAUCUUCAUGGCGCCGUGGAACAGCAACAACGUCCUCGUCGUCGAUCCCGACACGAACGCCAUCUCCACCAUUGCCACCCCAGCCUUCGAAAAAGCCUUCGCGGACCUUGUCGCAGCACCAAAUGGCCUCCUCUUUGGCGUUCCCUCGUGCGCCACCUACGUACUCAUUGUGGAUCCAAGCGACGACAGCGUCGACACCACCAGCAUCACCGGCCUCAGCUCCAGCACCUUCAAGUGGCUCGGUGGCGCUGCUGCUUCAGAUGGCCUUGUGUACAUGGUCCCGUCGAGUGCCUCAACCGUCCUCGCUGUGGACCCAACAACCCUGCAAGUCAUGCAAGCAUCCUCACCAGCUAAAUACUGCGACUACGCCAGCACCUCUGACAAUGGUGCUGUGUACUCGACAACAGGCUAUUCCUCCGCCUUCUUGGUGAUCGAGCCAACGUGCGCGUGA